AAAAUGGCCCAAGCAAUGAUGAAAAAGAUGGCCGGCAGCGCCUGUGUGGUGAUCGGCAUCACCCGCAGGACUAGCUCCCGCAGCCUGGUGACUGCCAGCAAGACCCUGGCUGCUAAGAAGGAAAGGGAGCUUCCCGCUGAGAGGGAGGUCACAAAGUCUGUAUUCAUGUCUCAGUCCACUGACAUCUACACUAACCUGGCUUUAGAAGACUGGAUGUACCGUAACAUGGACUUCUCCAAGCACCACGUGAUGAUGGUAUGGAGGAAUGAGCCCUGCGUUGUGGUCGGAAGGCACCAGAAUCCUUGGCUGGAAGCUAAUGUGCCCCUGCUGGCUGACAAAGAGAUAGCCCUGGCUCGCCGCAACAGUGGUGGCGGUACUGUCUACCAUGACCGUGGCAACCUCAAUGUCACAUUCUUCACUCCCCGUGAGAGAUAUGACAGGAAGUACAACUUGGAGCUCAUCAAGAGAGCUCUCUACAGAGGCUUUGGAGUCAACUCCGUCAUCAACGAGCGCCAAGACAUCAUUGUCAGAGAUAAAUACAAAGUUUCUGGAACCGCUGCCAAGCUCGGCCGCCUCUCAGCGUACCACCACUGCACUCUCCUAGUUGACGCCAACAAGUCUGAUCUCAGCAAAGCCCUGGCCAAGCGGGAGCAUGGCAUACAGACGAACGCGACCGCUUCCGUUGCGUCGCCCGUGGCCAACCUGUCGGAGGUGAACAACCGGGUGACGGUGGACGCGCUGCAGACUGCGCUAGGCUACGAGUACAUGCGGACCCCGGCGCUGAGCCUCGGCGAUGGCGGGCAGAACCUGAUCUCGCAGCAGCGGGGCUUCCAGUUCGUCAAUCCUUCGGAAGACUGGUUUCCAGGUCUCUCGGAAAUCAGGAACGAGCUCCAAAGUUGGGACUGGUGCUUCGGACGCACUCCCGUGUUCACCGUGAGCCGCACCUUCCCAGUACCUGAAGAACUGCUAGCACCAUCCAAAGUAUACUCCGCGACGCAGGAGCUCUCCAUCAACAUGAAAGUUGAGAAAGGUCUCAUUAGUGACGUGACCUUAAACAUCGCGCCUGGCCUCAUAGAAUCCGGGUUCCACGGCGAAGCCUCUGUGAUCACUCAUCUCAUCGGGAAACGGUUCACGAGCGAAGCCCUAACGGCGCUCCAAGACGCGAUGCUCACUCGCAGGGAUUCGGGCGCCAAGCUUGACGACAGGGAACAGUUCGUGGCCAAGUGCUUUGAUCAGGUCGUCAAUACCGUAUAAUGUAUUAACGCGAUCGUACCGGUUUACUAGACAUUUUCACGAGGAAAAGUA